GUGUUGUGCUCAGUAAGAAAGCCAUUUCCUCUGAUGAGACCACAGGGAGAGAACUAGCAGCCAGUGUGAUAUUUGCAGCAAACAACCCUGUAGUGGAACUUUUCUACGUCGCCUUUGGUUUUCUUACUGGAAGGGGUGUAGUGCUCCCAUUUCGUCUAAUGUGAAAUGUUCAAAGCGGACAGUGACAAUGAAUCUGAUGAUACAGAGGAUUCUGAAAGUCCCCAUGAAGUCCAAGAGGUGAUUUCCUCUAGUCUGCUGUAUCAGACUAUGAACUACGUCGGGCAACUCCUGGUUACUGUAAGGGAGCUGUACAAAGGAAUCAACCAGGCUACCCUGUCGGGCUGCAUUGAUGUAGUAAUUGUACGUCAGAAGGAUGGCACGUACCUGUGCUCUCCUUUCCACGUUCGAUUUGGGAAGCUCGGAGUUCUGCGUUCCAAGGAAAAAGUGAUCGAUAUUGAAAUCAAUGGAGAGCCCGUUGAUCUGCAUAUGAAACUUGGUGACAAUGGAGAAGCUUUUUUUGUACAGGAAACAGAUGAAGAAAAUGAACAAGUCCCUGCACACUUGGCUACCUCACCUAUACCCACAGAUCAGUUCUUCAAGAAUGCUGGUGCUCAUUUAUCAAACUCAGGGAAAGGAGAAAAUAAUUCUUUAACAUCUCAUGCUAUGGAGGCAGAAAAUGCAACCCCAGGGUCUGUGAGAAAGAAAAAGCGGAGACGAAGGAAGUUUAAACAUGAGAAAAAGGAAGACCUCCCUCCUCCUCCUCUAGGAAUGGAGGAGGUGUUUGAUAUUGAAAUGAGUUCUGAUGAAGAUAGUCCAGUGCAGCCUCCAAGGUUCUUAUCAAACAUGACAUCAAAAGAUGACGAUUACAGAGAGUCCUUUAUCUGUCACACAUCAGGUCACUAUGCUCUGUCUGAUGGCGAAUGGUCUCCUCUCGAGAGUAGCUUUUCCCAAUCCAUGGGUCCAAAGAGUGAUUCAGAGUUGGAAGUAAAACCAUCUGAAAGCAUCCACAGGACGGAGCCACAUAUGGAGUGGACAUGGGGAGGGUUUCCAGAAUCCACUAAGGUAUACAAGAAGGAAAGGAUGGAUCACCUGAAGAUGGCCACAAUCACUCCAUCUGAGAAUACACACUUUCGGGUUAUCAGCUCUGAGUCAUUGACUGGGGCAACAGAUGAAGCGUCCGUUGAGGGCUCUGUCUGCACCGUGCUAAAGCCAGAGCCCCGACCUUGUUCUAUCAAUAUCGGUGUAGAUGGAGACCAACCUUCAGACCAACCUUCAGACUCCACCCCUGACAGCAAUCUCAGCUCCCCAACUGAGCCAGAGGAACAGCUACUCCCCGAGAAUAGUGAUAUGGUAUCUGAGAUUAAGCCAGUAUUAAGAACAGACUCUCCAUCCAGGAAAAAAGGUGUCCGCAAAAGGAGUCAGCAUCAGGGACCAGGCGAUAUUUAUCUGGAUGACUUAAACGUCUUGGAGCCUGAAGUAGCAGCACUUUAUUUUCCAAAAAGUGAAUCUGAUCAAGGUUCCCGACAGUGGAUAGAGUCUGACGCUUUGUCAGGGUCCCAGUCCCCUCAGUCUGUGGGCAGUGCAGCGGCCGACAGUGGUACAGAGUGUCUCUCUGACUCUGCCAUGGACCUACCAGAUGUAACCCUAUCUCUUUGUGGAGGCCUCAGUGAAAAUGGAGAAAUCUCCAAAGAAAAAUUCAAGGAGCACAUUAUCACCUAUCAACAGUUUGCUGACAACCCAGGGAUUAUUGACAAUCCUAAUUUGGUUGUGCGGAUCCAUAAUAGGUAUUAUAACUGGGUAUUGGCAGCUCCCAUGAUCCUGAGUUUACAAGUAUUUCAGAAAAACUUACCCAAGAAUACCAUCGAAUCAUGGAUGAAAGAAAAAAUGCCAAAGAAAUCCGGAAGGUGGUGGUUCUGGCGUAAGAGAGACAGCAUGGUAAAACAGCCUGACACCAAAGAGGAAAAACUGGACGCAGAAUCAGCCAACGAGCAGAGACUGGAGGGAGAAGUGGAGCCUGAUAUCAGGCCACACGUAGAUGAAAAUUCUUCAAGCGAUGAGGAGUCAUUGGAAUUAAAACAGAUCAAAACAGAAUCUCUUCUUAUAGACAAUCAGAGUCAUGGAAGUGUCACUUCAUACCGCAAAACACUGAGACUGUCUUCUGACCAAAUAGAAACACUGAAACUCCGAGACGGCCCGAAUGAUGUUGUUUUUAGCAUUACUACGCAGUAUCAAGGAACGUGCAGAUGUGAAGGCACCAUUUAUCUGUGGAACUGGAAUGAUAAGCUCAUUAUUUCAGACAUUGAUGGAACUAUUACCAAAUCGGAUGCCUUAGGUCAGAUUCUUCCGCAGCUUGGAAAAGACUGGACGCACCAAGGCAUUGCAAAACUCUACCAUUCAAUACACGAAAAUGGGUAUAAAUUUCUGUAUUGCUCAGCUCGUGCCAUUGGUAUGGCAGACAUGACCCGAGGAUAUCUACACUGGGUGAAUGACAAGGGUACCAUCUUACCGAGAGGACCAUUGAUGCUGUCUCCCAGCAGCCUCUUCUCUGCGUUCCACAGGGAAGUUAUAGAGAAGAAACCUGAAAAGUUCAAGAUUGAGUGCCUUAAUGACAUAAAAAAUCUGUUCCCUUCAUAUCAACAACCGUUUUAUGCAGCUUUUGGAAACCGACCUAAUGAUGUCUUUGCGUAUGUAAAGGUCGGAGUACCAGACUGCCGGAUAUUUACUGUGAAUCCUAAAGGAGAAUUAAUUCAAGAGCGAACAAAAGGAAACAAGACAUCGUACAGUCGUCUUAGUGAAUUGGUUGAACAUGUUUUUCCUCUACUGGACAAAGAACAGAGUUCUGCCUUCACCUUUCCAGAGUUCAGUUCUUUCUGCUAUUGGCGAGAACCUCUUCCAGAAUUAAAUAUGUCUGAGUUGACAUAAACGGCAUGGCAAACCCUUCUAGAACUAUCCAUUCACAUGCAAUCAUUUCUGUUGGCGAUUGCUUACCUGAAGUAUUACUGCUGCGGGAAGCUGGCACCUUAUUAAGAUCAUUUCAAAUGCCCCUAUCUCACUUUGUCUUACAGUUUCUAAAUCGUAGCCAGUGAAGAUAUUCUAUAUUGUUAUAAUAAGGGAUGAUGUAAAAAUGUGACUAUUUUAAUACAAUAUACAACGAACUAAGUUGUGAAGGAUGUUUAAAAUAUUUUAGUUGAUUGUUAUGAAGUUGCACGGAGGUAUCCAGCCCCCCCUUCUUGUUUGGCCUAUGGAGAUUAGACCUUCAGAGUUUGUGAGGUCCAACAUCUAUUGCAGGGCAAUAUGUUGCAGGUGCCUCCCCUAUGUAGGUUUUUAAAUUUAUUACAAUAAUGAUGCCAUGAGCAGGUAUUUGCUACAAAUUAGUUAAUAUCAAUAUUAGUGACCUAUAUUCCAGUGCAAUUAUUUAUUUUACAUGUAGUUAUGCAUUUGUGGCUACCAAAAUGUUCUGUGGUAUAAAGCCCGUUGCAGUGGCCUGUUUUAUCAUUUCUUUGUGUGUAUUUAGGCUAACAAGCCUCAAAUAUUUUUUCUUCUAAAAAAAAGUAUGCCCUCCAGCCCUCUUAAUCUUGUAACCUACCGUAGCUAGAAUCUACUUUAUGCAUUUUUAAGUUUGUUUUAAAAGUGCAUCUAAAUACUUUACAGCGUGGCCAAUGAUUAGUCCACCGUUGACUGAUGUGUGACUAAACACUUUUUUUCUUUUUAAUUUCCAAAAUCUUAAGUUCUGUGUUUAAAAGAAUGGAAGUAUGACUGGUAUCAUAUAAUUUGUAAAUCUAUUAUUAAGCAAAAUGUAUGUCUAAAAGGCAAAAUAAAUAUUUAUUUGUUGUAA